AUGAAUCGACAUCACGGCUUAAAAUAGAAAGAAGGGAAAUUUAUAAUAUGGCAAAUCUGCGCAAGCGCACGAAACCACUUGUACCAAGCAUCUCUUACGAGAAGCACGCGUUGAUAUUUUCCUACUGUCAUUAUUGUUCGGAUUGCUGAAUUGUUCUUUUUAAUUCUUAAUUUAUACUCAGCGGCGUGACUUUCUAGCAGACGAAUUAAUCGGUUGACAGGAAGAGGGUGAAAUUUGAAUUACUAAAUUUGACCCAAGAAUAAAUAAAACAAACGGGAUCUUAAAUAGAGCUAUAAAAUAUCAAAAUGUCCAAAAUCCCUGAAAAAGAUGACGGUAAAGAUACUGCUGGAAAAAUUCUGGGUGGAGGUCGUGCCGGAGAACUGAUGCAAACCAGGUUCUGCAGGAUCCCCGAGGCACAUUUGAACAAAGAAACCGUGGCCGGUAUUCGAGAUAUGAGUAUGGGCAGAAUGAAAAAUGGGAAACCUGUUGGUGCUCCAGUAAUACGUUUCGACACUGGACACAAUUCGGGAGCUAAUCCUCAUAUCAAUAUUGACCCAAAAGGAUAUCCCAAAUCUACGAAUCCUCAUAUUGAAGUACCUGCAGAAGUAGUGUCAUCAGCGCAAAUAAUCAACAAGACUAUGAAGUAUGCUGGUAUUACCUUAACAGUAGCCGCCGUGGUGAUUGACACUUGGCGUAUUGGGUCCGCUUUAAAAGAUGAUAUUUACGUCAGGGACCACGCGGACGAAAUAAUCAAAGAGUUGGAAGACGCCAUUCGUGAAUUGAAGCAGUCACUUAAAACGGAAACGAAAUCUACGAUUAGAAGUGAAAUUAGAACAACUAUAGAGAAGCUUGAGAUUAUUUUACGGGAUGUGAGACGUACCAAGAAAGUUCCAGUUAAAUUUAUUAAAACUGUUUCGUCGGUCGGCGGCGGGUGGGGCGGCGGUGCGGCGGGAGGGGCGGCCGGCGCGUGGGGAGGGGCGCAGGCGGGCGCCGCCGUGGGCUCGCUGUUCGGGCCGGUGGGCACGGUGGUCGGGGCGCCGAUAGGUGCCGUGGUGGGCGCUAUCGGAGGCGGCGUCCUUCUGGGCAUAGCUGGAAGUACUGCUGGUGAAAUGAUUGCUGAUGAAGCUUUACAACUGGCAGACUAAAUAAAUAAUAAUACCAUUGUC